CACCUUUCCACUUAUGACAAAGUCAAACUUUAAACUUCCGAUUUGAUAAGCUGAGGGUCUAUAGAGACAAAGCAACUCUUCCAGACACCAGACUUCAUGUUAUUUUUGUAUCAUAUUUGACACUUCAGAUUAACACUUGAUUAUCACUCAUGCAAGGUUUCUUGCAUGAGUGAUAAUGGUACUAUACAUUUGUUAAUAAAAAUGUCAAAAGUUGGUUUUCUACCACAAGCACAUCCUUUAAUUCAUGUAUGUGUUUCAAGCAAAGUUGGCAAACCAACAGCAGCUUGAUUUAGACCCAGCUUGGACCUUUAUCCAACAAAACACAUGUGGCCUUGUGUGACCACAAAAUGGGAGCCAUGUGAAUGGGAUGACCAGCCACCACUUUAAUUGUCACAUUCAUGGUGUCUCAUUGUAAACUGGCCCUCUUAGGUCUGGAACCACCCACUCAGUGGUUCCUAUUAUUUCCACUGUUUCCCUGGUGAUCUGGGCAGGUUUUGUUCCUCAAAACCGACCCUAUAAAAUUCAAAACAAUCCCUUCAGGUUGAUCCUUGUGGAGAAAAAGAUACUUUUGAGCCCUUAAGUAAAACUUCUGAUCUCACAGUUCUUGUCCUUAUAUCUCAUUACCCUUGAUUCAAAUGCAAUGAGUCCGAAUUAUAGAACAAAUAAUUUUUUUAAAGUUUCAAAAGAGAAAAAAAUGAGCCUGGUCCAAAACAGGGAAGAUAAUGACAAUAUGACCUCUGUACCCCCAUAUCUGACCUUUGUGUUGUCCAGAAAUCUAAACACAGCAAAUCUAUUUAUUUCAUAGACUAUUUGUAUCUUAAGUUCUUUGAACAAAUGAUAGAGUUGUAAAAAAAUGGGCAAACUUUAAAAGCUUAUUAACUCCCGAUCAGAUUGAAACAAUCCAAUAAUAAUUCUGUUAUCAUGCAUGUGUUUGAGAAAAAAAAAAAAUACUUGAGCAAGCAGUUCAGGAGAGCGUCUCUGCCCCGUAGCCUCUCAGCACGGGGUCCAUGUGGAGGAGUGAAACAUUAAGAUGUCCGGUGCGUCCUAUCCAGUGUCCCAUAAUUCCUAGCAGCGUCCCUUUUGGUUGGUAGGCUUUAAGAGUCAUCUUCCCAUUGGAGGCUGAGCGCGUCACGAUGAGGGCGGACAGUGGUGUGGUCCACACAGCCCGUGUCAGGGGAGGCUGAGGGUGCCGCCUAAAAGCGUGCCGAGGUAUUGGUUACGUGUUGUUGCUAGGGGCGUGGGUUGUACCGUGAAAUAUUCUACUUUCCCCGAACCUGAAAGAGGGAUGAAAUUCACUGAGACAACAGUCGUAGCAGCUGGACGAGAGAUGCGCUGACAGCCGCCUGCUCCGACCUGAGGGAAACUGUGCCGCAGUGAGCAUAAUCUGAUAAGCGCCUGUGUCCAUCCUGCACUCCGCUCCGGGACAACGCUAUGGAGAGAGAGAGAGAAUAAAAAAAAAAAGAAAAAAAAAAAACAGUACGUGCGGAUAGUUAAAGGAACAAUGCAGAGAUGCUGAGGUCACACUUCUCGGAGCUGAUUCAGGCUUUCACCCGAAACACCUGCUAUUUAUUUGCCUCAGCGAGAGCCCAGGUCGAUGAGCGUUUACAGAGAAUGACAGCUGCGCACUUGGCCGUCCCGUGAUGUGUCUUUUGGAGGGAUUAAUGCGUGGCAGAGCCUAAACACCCUGGCCUGUCCACUGUAGGCCAGUGAUCUGUCUGCGGAACAUAUCACCUUUUUUUUUUUCUUCCACAGGCUAGUAUGCGCUGGAGAAGGGGACCCUAUGCAGUGUGGAGGAAAGUGUUUUCGUGAGCUCAUAGGUUAAACUGGCAAUGACAUCAGGCUUAACUUGAAUAGCUCUGUGCUGUACUGCAGCAAGGUGGACCCGGGGCGUGAGGUGGCAAGGAGCAAUGCACGCAUCCUCCGAGCUGGACAUUUUUGUCGGGAUGUUCUCUGUGCUAAACAAAUUCAAGGCAUAAGGCCAUAUACACCCUGAGCUGGCGAACUGCGUCACUGCACGCGAGUGUUGCAGGUAGGCAGCAAACUCUCCCACCGCCGGGAGAGGAGCAUGCUCAUCAUCUUCCUCACACAAUGUCGCCGGUAGGCUGAGUCUUCAACAAUUACCCGGGAUGGAUUCGGCGGACGAUUCAAGCAAAGAUCCGCCACUGGGAUCCACAUUUUCCUCAGCACCCAAUUUAGACUCGGACAUUAAUGCAAAUGCCUGUAGGCCUAUCUAUGAGAAUGGGACAGACCACCAUGUCAACAUACAAAACGCAGCCCUGCGAGGAGCAAGUGACCCCAGCGCAUACCCCUCCACAGACUACCGAGGACUCAUCCGCCAGAGGUUCAUCCGGCGGAGUUUGUGGGUGUCAGACUCCGAGGAGCAGCAGCCGGUGGACACGUCGGAGUGUGUCAACAGCAGCCCGGUGCUCAACAUUGACCUGCGGACCAUCGUUGAUCGGAGUCGGACCCGGGUUCUUCAAGGAACCCGCCUGGGUCUCCAGGAGCCCCCCAGCACGGAGAGCCAGGUGGGGCUGAAGGAGAGCGUCACAGAGAGCGUGAGCGCAGAUGAGGUGAAGAAAGACAGGACCGAAGCCGAGUCCAAGGCUGAGGUCGUGAACUCGGAUGUCACAGGUAAAGCAGGAAGUGACGAGAACGAAGAGGAGCCCGGGAUGAAGGCUGUGUCCACCUCACCUGGCGGGCGCUUCCUCAAGUUUGACAUUGAGCUGGGGAGAGGUUCCUUCAAGACGGUCUAUAAAGGUCUUGACACCGACACCUGGGUCGAAGUGGCGUGGUGUGAACUCCAGGAACGGAAACUGUCAAAAGUUGAGAGACAGAGGUUUAAAGAGGAGGCAGAGAUGUUGAAGGCCCUCCAGCAUCCCAACAUUGUGCGAUUUUAUGACUUCUGGGAAUCACCGGUGAAAGGGAAGAAGUGUAUCGUUCUGGUGACAGAACUAAUGACCUCAGGGACACUAAAAACGUAUCUGAAGCGCUUUAAGGUGAUGAAGCCUAAAGUUCUUAGGAGCUGGUGCAGACAGAUUCUCAAAGGCCUCCACUUCCUCCACACAAGGACUCCGCCAAUCAUCCAUAGAGACCUCAAGUGCGACAACAUCUUCAUCACUGGUCCUACAGGCUCUGUCAAAAUAGGAGACCUGGGCCUUGCAACACUGAAGAGGGCCUCCUUCGCUAAAAGUGUUAUUGGCACUCCAGAGUUCAUGGCCCCAGAGAUGUAUGAGGAGCAUUACGAUGAGGCUGUGGAUGUCUAUGCCUUUGGGAUGUGUAUGCUGGAGAUGGCCACCUCAGAAUACCCCUACUCUGAGUGUCAAAAUGCUGCACAGAUCUACCGCAAAGUCACAAGUGGGGUGAAACCUGCUAGCUACGGUAAAGUCAGCGACCCUGAAAUUAAGGAAAUAAUCGGGGAGUGCAUAUGUCACAGAUGGGAAGAACGGUACUCCAUCAAGGACCUCCUGAAUCACGCGUUCUUUGCAGAGGAUACAGGCGUGAGGGUGGAGCUCAAUGAAGAAGAUGAUGGGAAGAAAUCAUCUAUUGCUCUAAAGCUGUGGGUUGAAGAUCCUAAAAAGUUGAAAGGAAAAUACAAGGACACUGGUGCCAUUGAGUUUACCUUUAACUUGGUGAAUGAGGUCCCAGAGGUUGUCGCCCAAGAAAUGGUUGAAUCAGGUUUUUUCCUGGACUGCGAUGUGAAGAUAGUUGGGAAGUCCAUCCGAGACCGUGUGGCCCUCAUCAAAUGGAGGAGGGAGCGGACUGUGUCGCCAGGAAAUGGUGAGGCGCAGCAGAACCUGCUGCAGGUGCCCAGUACCGGUGUGCCACAGGGAGCCACAUUAGCCACGACAGAUUAUGAAGACCAAGAGGUGGAGCCACAGACUCUGAUCUGUGCUGUGCCAGCCACCACAUCUACCACAUCUGACAGUGGAGUGAGCUCUACCAUGCAAUUAGACGAGCUCAGCAAUCAGCAAAAUGGGGCCUACCAGUCACUUCCAGAGCCCAUUUCCACAGCUCAGAUGAUCUACAGUCCUCCUGCACAGGCUGACCCUCAGCUGCACCAGGGGCCCUACCAGCAACCCACAGCACAGGCCUCACAUGAAAACUACACACAUGCAUCCAUGCAGUUACACCAGGGAGCCUACCAGCAAACCACAGGUCAACUGCAUCCUGGGGCCUAUCAACAAACUGCAGCACAACUGCACCAGGGGCCUUAUCAGUCUCAAACACGUCACUAUAGUGAUCCCUUUGUAUGCCAUAACAACCUGCUCAUCACUGAGAGCGCGUUGUGUUUUAGGCGUGGAAGCGCUUCCCUGGUUGAGAUGUUACGGUGUAGGACACACCCUCUCACCAAGACAAUGAGCCCAAGCCCCUGCCUAUGUCCGUCACAGGAUCUGGCUUCAACAAAUAGCACAGAGAGCUCAAUGCAUGCCACAGACUACCUAUGCUCUAUCUCUGCCCACAAUCUGCCAUUAUUAUCUCCUCUGUUGUCCCCCCAUAGACACUCUGAUCAUGACUCAGCAAGUCAUUUUAAUUCACCUCUCCUUCCCCUGAAUUUACAACCUCCCUCAGAGCUCCAUCAGAGCGUCCCACGGAGCCCACAGCCCCACCGCCACUGCAAGGCUUGCAUGCCUCUCCUCCUGAGAGAUAGCACGAAGGAAGGUGAAUCUCUGGGACACAUACGCUCUUUCUCCACAUCCACCCAGUUCACUCCAGUCUCUAAGCCAGGCUCACCUCCAUCUCCUCAUCUGUCAAGGACUCCUUCAGUCACUCUCCCUCCUCUUUUGAGAUCAACUUCUCCCCCAUCGUCAAACAGUCAAACAACCCCGUUUAAUUCAGCUUCACAUCUUUCCCCACCCUCACAAGUUGUGCUCCCAUGGAGUUUGUAUGAAGGUGCAGAUCUCACUCUUCUCAACCACUGUCUCCAUCACAUCGUGGGUCGCAGGACCAGUUCUCCCAUCCUCUCGGAGAGAGUCUUUAAUCAUCCAGUUCACAGCCAUGGGGAGGUUGGGGGUGCUUCCUCCUCCGUAUUUGAGCGUAUAGACAAAAGUCAGAGCCUGGAGGUCCCGCUCUUCUGUAGCCCAAAUCUGGACAGGAACCUGAUGUUACUGCGACAGAACAGCAAGGGCAGACUGGAUCCACUGACAGUUUCUGCUCCACCUACGCCAGCCCCUACUGCACCCCAGAGUAGACAGACAGCACAGAGUUUUCCAGCUGCAGCCCCCACUCUACAGACACAGGUUACUGUGCAACCCGGCCAGGAGCAGUGCCAUCUCCAACCAGCUGCUGUCCUGCCCCAGCUGUUAUCUGCUGACCAGCCUACAUCUCAUCUGAGUCCUCCUGACAUAUCUGCCAGUUUUCCACAGUCAGUCUCCAGUGCUCCUCCCCCACUCCUGCCCCUCCAGAUCAGCACACAGUUUCCCUCACCAUAUCCCGUUGUUAAAACAGGGGGCCACAAGCCCCCUCCCUUCUCCCAAGCUCCUCUGCCAUCUGCCUACAGCAGCAGUGGCCCUUCUAUGUCUAGCACCUACUACUCACCCUCACCCCACCAUCCCUCCCUUCCUCUGACCCCUCAUGCUGCCUUGCCCUCUAUACCUACUCUAGGAACCCCUCAGACCCCUCUGUCCACAGCUCAGCACGUGCCCAAUAUGGUGCUCCCAAUUCCACUUCUUACCAUGGCCAUGCCCCCUGCAAUGCCCCAGCAGCAGGGCGGCCCUGCUCCAUCUCAGCCAAACCUUUGUAGCUUCCAUUCCACCCAUUACUUACCUCUCUCCCAGGUACGAACCACCCCAUACCCCGCCCCCCACCCUGAGCAGGAAAUGGCUGAGCAGCCUAUCCAGGUACAGACGAUUGCUCCACAGGGGAAUUUGGGAGAUGUUCAGCUUUUGGCUCCGGUCCACCCCGUCUUGCCUUCUGUUCAGACUUCUCUCUGGGGAAGUGGGGUUGAUGCAGAGACUACUGCAGCUGGCCUAGACUUAACUGUAGGUCCUGCAGUUCCAUCUCCAGUUCCAGCCCCAGCCUCAAUGUCAGUCUCAGCUACAGUUCAAGUCGAAUCCCAAGCACCGGCACAAACCCCAGCUAUGGUCCCAGCACAAAGCCAACCACCAGUCCCAGUAUCAGCUCAAGCUGCAGCCAUGCCGCAAACUCAAACUCCAGCUUCAACUCCAAUGCAGGUUCCAAUAGCAGUACCAGCUCCAGCCUCAGCCCCAGUUAAAGCACCAGUCUCAGCAUCAGGUCCUGCUUUUGAACCACCAAAAGUCUCAUCUACAAGCUCAGACACGUCUUCUGUUAUUGGCAAACCCCAACACACAGGUUUAGUCUCGGCCCCAAUCCCUGUCACCCUACCAGCCCCAGUGCAAUCUGCAGCCCCCGCUCCUGCUCCAGCUCCUGUCGCAGCUUCAGUCCUAGCUCCAGUUCUGCAGCCUACUGGCAUCCAGACAGCAGUCUCAUUGCCUGAGUGUGCCAGCCUCGCCACAACUCAGCAAAACCUCGAAAUGACAUCUGCGUCUAGCACCUUUCAACAAGAGCCCUCUGUAGAGGAUGUGCUUCAGGACAAACCAGUAUCUUUACUGAACUAUGCCUAUGACAGUCUCAACUCUGAUGUGGCAUCUGGUAAGGAAACAAGUGACGGCUAUGACAGCUUGGCUAGUGGGGGGAAGGGGGAUGGAAAACCCAGGAAACACCACCGCAAGUCUGCCCGUACACGUUCCCGGCAAGAAAAGACCAGCAAACCCAAACUUAGCAUGCUCAAUGUUUGCAACACUGGUGAUAAAAUGGUCGAAUGCCAGCUAGAGACUCACAAUCACAAAAUGGUGACAUUUAAGUUUGAUCUUGAUGGAGAUGCUCCAGAGGAAAUUGCCACUUACAUGGUAGACAAUGGCUUCAUCCUUCUGUUAGAGAAGGAGAUCUUCAUCGACCAGCUAAAGGACAUCGUGGAUAAAGCUGAGGACAUGCUGAAUGAAGACAUAGAGGGUGAAAGGGCCUCCACCUUAAGUUGUAGUCCACAACAAGGCCAAAUUUCUGAGGGGCUAGAGGGAGAGAGUCAGCAGCCUGGAGCACCUCAGCCUGUCUAUCAGCAGAACGUUCUUCAUACAGGAAAAAGAUGGUUCAUAAUCUGCCCUGUAGAAGAGACACCCACAUCCAGCCAGGACACCCCAUCUGACGGCACAACUACGCAGUCACCUGGGAGUUCAACCACCACCCAGCCUGCUGACAGCGGCAUUGCAAGGCCAUCUGCAUCCAGAGAAGAGGGGUCAUCCUCUACAAUGUCUGGUGGCAGUGGAGGCUUCUCCUAUGAUGUGUAUGGAUUCUGUAGUCCUCCAAUAAUGUCCAACACAGACCCACUUCUUUUUGCCACUCUGUCACCUCCUGUGUCUGCUCCCCCAACGCUUCAGUCUGUAUCAUCAGUGGAGCCUGUGGGCAGCUCAGUGCAGCCCAGUGUGCAUCAGGCUCAGCCAGCCAGGGCUCAACCUUUGCCCCCGCCGUCCCCACAUACAUCUUUCCCAGUGGAUGAGCCACAGGGAUCCCCUCUGGGUUCCAUCUCCCCAAUCCACGCCGCUCAGCAGAUGGCUGACAUGACAUGUCCUGUUUCUAUGGCCGAGGAGGUGCCCUGUUGCCCUCUGGUCAUGCCGCUAUCUCUGGAUGUGAGCGGUUCACAGGGUGGGCCUCCUCUCACCCCACUUCCCCUCCAGGAGCCAGGUUCAGCCAAAGAGCCGCUGUCUGUCUCUUACACCUCUGCAGUGCGAAGCGAGCGACCACAGCAGCCUGUGGUGCUCCACCAGCCUUUUUCCAGCGUGGGAGGGACCAAAGUGUCCUCACUACCCCAGAGCCCAGCGCCAUCCCAGCCGGGAGCAGGGCCUGGUGAGUCAGAUGGUGAAGGACGGCUUGGCCGUGGGGGCUUUGUGGACAGCACCAUAAAAACACUGGACGAAAAACUAAGGAACUUGCUCUACCAGGAAUAUGCUCCCAUGUAUCCAUCAGGCAGUGCUGCAGAGACACCAGGCUCUGGCACUGAGUACAUUCAGUCUCCUCCUGGUCCAGACAGCGCCACAGGAGGGUCAGGAAACAGCACGCCAGGGCCAAUGGGGGAGGGACGUUACAGGGCAGGAGAACAGCUGCCUCAAAUUCCAGAGAGAAUGGAUAGUUUGAGCACACUGAGUGACUCAGCCGUGUGUGCUUCGCUGUCAAGAAGACACGUUCCUCAUUCUGCUUCCUGCUCCGGAACAAGAGGUCGAUUUAAGAUCAUCUCUGUUCCUCCUGAAGUGGCCAACAGACGCGAUGUGAAACAAAGGAGCUGGAGCAGCGCCGCCUCACCGGCGCACCCUGUAGCAUACAGUGAGGACCAUGUUCAGGCUGAGGCCAUGGUUACCUCCACCACAAUUGGCCGUUUCUCUGUGAUAAGCACUGAAGACGAAAUUACACAGAGAACACGUUGCAGCCGCUACUCUGCCCCGCCUGAUUUCUACCUGGACACACCUCCUUCCAUGGCCAAGAGGGGCUCCCUGCCCCGUGCCCUGACCUCGAACUCUGUCCCUGUGGACGUCACAGUCCAUGCUCGCUUCCUUUCCUCUGACUCGGGGGCUGAGAGUAGCCCUGCAAAGCUGGCUCCUGCCACCCCAUCUCAACAUACUCGCUCCGAGCGCAGAGGAAGUGACCUCAUGAAGAGGGCAGUGGCCUUCCUCCGUCGAUCAGGGCGCAGCAGCAGUGUGCAGAGCUCUGACUCACCAAGUAGGCAUGGAGGUGUGCAUGGCUCAGCCUAUGGCAGCAGCGAUAAUGACUCAGAGAUGGAGGACUCGGACAUGAAGAGGGAACUACAGAGACUCAGGGAGAAACAUCUGAGGGAGAUCUCUGAACUGCAGGCCCAUCAGCGGGGAGAAGUGGAACUGCUAUAUCGCCGGCUUGGCAAAGCCCCUCCUUCUGGCCUGGGUCUGUCACACGUUGCACCACAUGCCGGCCGUAGAAAGAGAUCCAGCAAGCACAAGCUGAAGCCUGGCAAACUUCUCAGCCCUCUGGUUCAACAAUUUAGAAAUGUCACAACCAAAACUAGUGACUCCAGCAGAUCCAGUGCUGCUACAGGUACAGGUGAGCCCACGUUGAGUUUAAAUGGCUCUCCAGCCAAAGGGUCUUUCCCCACUCACGGCAGGGCGCGGUCGUGCACGAGCCACAUUCCCUGCUCAACCUCAGAGCCUGUGCAGACUCAGCAGCCCUGUUCUCUCAAGGGGUCUUUGUCGUCUGAUAACAUUUACGCUGGAUUACAUGGAGACGGCACCGGCACACAAGUUCCACCCGGACAAGGCUGGUCUAAUUACCCUCCACCAUCUGAGAGAGUGACCUAUAAAUCCAGUAGCAAGCCACGAGCUAGAUUUCUCAGUGGGCCUGUGUCUUUGUCUAUCUGGUCAACACUGAAGCGACUGUGUCUCGGCAAAGAGCGUGGCAGCAGGUCUGCGGCCGGAUCAGGGGCUUUUAAUCAAUCACAGCAGCCGCCUACUGGUGCCACACCUCCUCCUCAUCAGCCAGUGAUGGGACUGGCCCAAGCUCAGGCCAAUAACAGCAACAACAAGACAGCCACAUACACUGGCACUUCAAUGAGUGGUAAUGAAAGCAAUCUGCCUGAAGACUUGCAACGGCUGAUGGACGACUGGGCCCAGGAGGUUCUUAUUGUCACCCACAGGCCACGCACUAACUCUCUGAGCAUCAGUGGGCAGCACCUGUGGGAUCAUGUUGUACCUCGAACACAUAGACAACUGGCUAGUGCUUCAGAUGUGAGUUUCAUGCUAAUAUCAUCAUGGACGGCCUCUGGUCCAGAGGCCUGCAGUCUGCUCCUGUCAUGGCCUGACAGCCCGGGGUCAACAGUGAUGACCACCCCCUCCACAGGACCCCAUCCCAGCUAUCAGCUACACUCUCCUGCUCCGUUAAGGGCCUUGUCCUCCUUCCCUCUCCCUUCAGGAGUUUUUGCCUUUCCUGCUGUGCCCUCAGCCCAGGACACCCCCACUCCGGCUCCAGCUAAAUCAUAUCAGCCGCCUGACCCCAAAGCCAGGACUCUCUAACCUGAGUAGCAUUGCGUCUUCCAACUCUAUUACCAAAAAGAAAUCUCAUUAUACUCCUAGUCAAUCUUAUGUGCAUAUACUGUAUAUAUUUAACCAGCAUGUAUGUAACCAUAUGUACAUACUCGUCUCUAUUCUUGACUUUUAUUUUGUUUCAUUUGCAUCAACAUACCUCAUGUCCAUAUUGCAGUACAUAAUCCUUGAGUGCAGUGUAACGGUAGUAGUACAUUUAAAGAUGUAUAGUUAGCCCAGUCAGGCUUAAAAAGUGCAGAUUUUGUCAUUGCUUACAUAUCUUUCCACUCACUGAAUGUACAUAACGUACUGUCCAUUCAUCCUGUGUUUAUAUAAAUAGUUCAUGUUUGUGUUGCUCAUAUCACUCCUAUAUAGAAGCUGCCGUGUGUAUAUAUAUGAAUUCUUGUUAGUCUGUACAUAGCUCCUGUGUUUGUACAGUUAACAUUAGAUAAUCCAUAGGUUGGUGCUGCAGCUCUGUGUCUUAAUGCAACACCUUAUUAGCCACCAUCAUGCCGUCACUGUGAAGACUUGACAUCCUGGUCACUAGGACCGGUUGCUUUACUCUGCUCUCUCAGUCCAAGGAUAGGUUUCAUUCUUCAUCGAUGAAAUGCUUCCAGCACAAGCGCUUGAAAUAUCCUUAAGAGAUUUGAAUGAACUUGAACUUUAUCUUCAGGUGAAAAAAAAAAAAACACCUGUGAGAGUGCCUUGAAUUGCAGUUUCAGUUUUCUGGAGAAAAGCAGACACUAGAGAUUCUAUAUAUGCUUUCACCUUCAAAGGUAAAUAACAUGAUUUGAAUAAUGAAUGUGGAUUAAAACGUAUUUGAUUUACAGAACAGAACAACAGAUCAUAAUUAAUCACAAUAAUCUGGUCAUGUUGCAGUUGAUAAAAUAUCAAAAAGUCCAAAACUGAGUUAGGUAAUUUAAUAUUUUAACUGUGGGUUUUUCCUUGUUCACUGAUUUUCUUGUGGGAUUGCUCUACAAACUGCACCACAGCCUGCAUGAAUACACUGAUAUUCUGAAUGUGCACAGGUUGAUGUGGUGAGUUACAGGAGGAUAUUGUGAAGAGAAACUGGCACUGAAACCAUACGACAAGGAGGGCUGAAGGACUCAACAUACGAGUCAAAAUCAUAAUCAUCCCAUACCUCUGCUGAUGCAGUCUGUAGCUUUAUAUAUUGUUGCCUUUGUGGUUUUUAAGAGAUUACUGUGUGGUUGGUUGUUGUUUGAUAAAAAUGCUGAUGAUAUGACGAUGUUAGUGACGUCAUGAAGAAUGUGAAUUAUUGAGAAGCAACAACUGUUUGACAUGUUAUUUGUACAAUGCAUAGGUUUUGUAAGUCAUGUUUAUUAGAUGCUGGCCUCACACGAUCAUCUGGCUCAUACAUCUAAUUGUAUGUAUUACGGCUUAACUCAAAGAUCUCCACCAAAUAUUGCACUAUCACUGUUUCGGUUAUUUCAAUAGUAACGCCUCAAAAACACUUUCAAUACUGACUUCUCUUGUCUAACUUCUUUAAUUCCCUUGUGGAGAGUAGUUUGUUGAAUGCAUCAGUGUUUUGAUGUAUCCUAUGAAAACAAAGCAGUAGCAAAAAUCUAUGUAGUCAAAAGCAGGAUGGACAUAAUGAGUCAGGCAGUUCUUCAAAACUGAGACAGCCAUUGUAAACACAUCGCUUAAGUGCAGACUGAACUUAACAAAACGGUUACUUUCAAUUUUAACGCAACAUUUUUUUUUUUUUUUUUCAGUUAAAGGAGUAAUCAAUUGAUUUAAUACUGCACUUCCGUACAGUUGGGGGUCUAACAGUGGUCAAGAUGAUACAGACAGAGGCUGAGAUAUCCUCACUGUUAGUCCCCAGUACGGGUGAAGUUCCAGAAACGCUGGAGCCUGCAUUUCCCAUAAUACAGCUCUGUAACAUCUUUGACGUCAUUAGAGUUAUUUUUCAAAUUUGGGAGAGCUUUUUCUAGAGCCACAGAAGACAUUAUACAGCAGUUUGCACAGGCUAAGUAGUAGCCUACUCCUUGUAAUGAGUAAACUGAACUUUAUGUAAAUUUGUGCCCCUAUAAAAUCCCUCCAUGUUUGCAAAAGUGUGACAAUAUUUUGAUUUAAGCUUAAUAUUUGUCUUAAAGGCAGAAUUUCUUUCAUGAUGACUGGAUGAUGAUUUUGUUUUUCUUGAGAACAUGUCCUAUCCUGCUAUUUUCUUUGUGCUUCACACAGUAAUUCCUGUCUUUGAUCUCUUUAACGCUUGCAGUGAAAGCUAGUUGUAUGUUUGCUUUUGCCUGCUGUUUCCCUCACACUUUCCUGACCUCGUCAGAUCGGUUCUCUUUCACAAAAGCUGUACAUACGUGAAGACAGUAAUAAUAAAUUCAUUUUUGCUUGA